CCGCCUCAGCCCCGCACCGCACGGCCCCCCGCCUCGCCCGCACCAUGAUCGCCGCGGCUUUCCUCGUUUUGCUGAGACCCUACAGCAUCCAAUGUGCUCUCUUCCUCUUGUUGCUUCUGCUGGGCACCAUUGCCACCAUCAUUUUCUUCUGCUGCUGGCACCGCAAGCUCCAGAAAGGGAGACAUCCGAUGAAAUCGGUCUUUUCGGGUCGUUCCAGAAGCAGAGAUGCUGCUCUGAGGUCUCAUCACUUUCGCUCUGAGGGGUUCCGAGCAAGCCCUCGACACAUCAGGAGACGAGUCGCAGCCGCAGCCGCCGCUGCCCGGCUAGAAGAAGUGAAGCCUGUGGUAGAAGUUCACCGUCAGAGUGAGCAGGAGGCAGCGGCGAGGAAGCGGAGGAUCAAGAAAAGUAGCCGAGUGCAGCCAGAGUUUUACCACUCUGUUCAGGGUGCUCCAACCAGAAGGCCGAGCUCCGGGAACGCGUCCUACCGCUGUUCCAUGUCCUCCUCUGCGGAUUUUUCUGAUGAGGAUGAUUUCAGCCAGAAAUCUGGCUCAGCAUCUCCAGCUCCGGGAGACACCUUACCCUGGAAUUUGCCUAAACAUGAGAGGUCCAAAAGAAAGAUUCAAGGGGGCUCGGUUCUGGAUCCGGCUGAGAGGGCUGUGCUUCGGAUAGCAGAUGAACGGGACAAAGUUCAAAAGAAAACAUUUACAAAAUGGAUAAAUCAGCAUCUCAUGAAGGUUCGGAAGCACGUGAAUGACCUCUAUGAAGACUUGAGGGACGGGCACAAUUUGAUCUCCCUCCUGGAGGUUCUUUCCGGAGACACCUUGCCAAGGGAGCGAGACUUUUUGAAGACCUUACGGUUGGUGAGUGCCACAGCAGCAUGCGAGUGUGAACAGCAUGAGGAUGUGCAGGAUGAGGACAAGGGGCCCAGGGAGAAGGGUCGGAUGCGCUUUCACAGGCUGCAGAAUGUACAGAUUGCACUUGACUACUUGAAAAGACGCCAGGUAAAGUUGGUGAACAUUAGAAAUGAUGACAUCACGGAUGGAAACCCUAAGCUGACUCUGGGGUUAAUUUGGACAAUAAUUCUGCACUUUCAGAUAUCUGACAUCCAUGUAACUGGAGAGUCAGAGGACAUGUCUGCGAAAGAAAGGUUGCUACUGUGGACACAGCAGGCAACAGAAGGCUAUGCUGGCGUGCGCUGUGAGAACUUCACUUCCUGCUGGAGAGAUGGGAAACUAUUUAAUGCCAUCAUUCACAAAUACAGGCCGGACCUGAUAGACAUGAAUACUGUUGCUGUUCAAAGCAACCUUGCAAAUUUAGAGCACGCUUUUUAUGUAGCUGAAAAAAUCGGUGUUAUCAGACUUCUGGACCCCGAAGAUGUUGAUGUCUCUUCACCUGAUGAAAAGUCAGUAAUAACCUAUGUGUCCUCCCUCUAUGAUGCGUUUCCCAAAGUCCCUGAAGGUGGUGAAGGCAUUGGUGCAAACGAUGUGGAAGUCAAAUGGAUCGAAUACCAGAAUAUGGUGAACUACCUCAUCCAGUGGAUUCGACACCACGUGGUCACGAUGUCUGAGAGAACCUUUCCUAACAAUCCUCUAGAACUUAAGGCACUUUAUAAUCAGUAUUUACAGUUUAAAGAAAAAGAAAUUCCACCAAAGGAGACAGAAAAAUCAAAAAUUAAGCGACUAUAUAAAUUACUAGAGAUUUGGAUAGAAUUCGGACGCAUCAAACUCCUCCAAGGUUAUCAUCCAAACGACAUAGAAAAGGAGUGGGGCAAACUCAUCAUUGCCAUGCUGGAGAGGGAGAAGGCGCUCCGUCCUGAGGUGGAGAGGUUGGAUAUGCUGCAACAGAUUGCUACCCGAGUUCAGAGGGACAGCGUCGUCUGUGAGGACAAACUGAUCCUGGCCCGAAAUGCUCUCCAGUCUGAUUCCAAAAGGCUGGAGUCGGGAGUGCAGUUUCAGAAUGAAGCAGAAAUCGCCGGGUACAUACUUGAAUGCGAGAACCUUUUGCGCCAGCACGUGAUUGACGUACAGAUUCUGAUCGAUGGGAAAUAUUACCAGGCAGAUCAGCUGGUGCAGAGGGUCGCAAAGCUGCGUGAUGAGAUUGUGGCCUUAAGGAACGAAUGCUCCUCCGUGUACAGCAAAGGACGCAUGCUGACUGCAGAACAGACAAAGCUCAUGAUAUCAGGAAUCACUCAAAGUUUAAACUCAGGAUUUGCACAGACCUUGCACCCCAGUCUGAACUCAGGGCUCACCCAGAGUUUAACACCUUCCUUGACCUCUUCUAGUGUGACUUCCGGCUUGUCAUCGGGGAUGACUUCCCGCCUGACUCCAUCUGUCACUCCAGCUUAUACACCUGGCUUCCCUUCAGUGGUAGCUCCAAAUUUCAGUUUAGGAGUGGAGCCAAAUUCCUUACAGACUCUGAAGUUAAUGCAGGUCCGAAAGCCUCUUCUGAAGUCGUCUUUGCUGGAUCAGAACCUGACAGAAGAAGAAGUCAACAUGAAAUUCGUUCAGGAUCUCUUGAACUGGGUUGAUGAGAUGCAGGUGCAGCUGGACCGCACUGAAUGGGGCUCAGAUUUGCCAAGUGUCGAAAGCCAUUUAGAAAACCAUAAGAAUGUUCACAAAGCCAUUGAGGAAUUUGAAUCUAGCCUUAAGGAAGCUAAAGUUAGUGAGAUUCAGAUGACCGCACCUCUGAAGCUCUCUUACACAGAUAAAUUGCACAGAUUAGAGAGCCAGUAUGCGAAACUCUUGAAUACAUCCAGAAAUCAGGAACGGCACCUUGAUACACUUCAUAAUUUCGUAACUCGGGCAACUAACGAACUUAUUUGGUUGAAUGAAAAGGAAGAGGAAGAAGUUGCUUAUGACUGGAGCGACAGAAACACCAGUGUUGCGCGGAAGAAAGGCUACCAUGCGGAACUAAUGAGGGAACUGGAGCAGAAGGAGGAAGGUAUUAAAGCCGUCCAGGAGAUUGCAGAGCAGCUACUUCUAGAGAACCACCCAGCCCGGUUGACGAUAGAGGCAUACAAGGCAGCAAUGCAAACACAGUGGAGCUGGAUUUUGCAGCUCUGCCAGUGUGUGGAGCAGCACAUAAAGGAAAACACUGCAUAUUUUGAGUUUUUCAACGAUGCCAAAGAAGCUACUGAUUACCUAAGGAAUCUGAAGGACGCCAUCCAGCGCAAGUACAGCUGUGACAGGUCCAGCAGCAUCCACAAGCUGGAAGACCUGGUGCAGGAGUCCAUGGAGGAAAAGGAAGAGCUGCUGCAGUACCGCAGCUCAGUGGCGGGCCUCAUGGGGAGGGCCAAGACGAUCGUGCAGCUGAAGCCAAGGAACCCUGACAAUCCACUCAAAACGUCCAUCCCGAUUAAAGCCAUCUGUGACUACAGGCAGAUCGAGAUUACCAUUUACAAAGACGAUGAAUGUGUUUUGGCAAACAACUCUCACCGCGCUAAAUGGAAGGUGAUCAGUCCCACUGGGAAUGAGGCCAUGGUCCCAUCCGUGUGCUUUACUGUUCCCCCACCAAACAAAGAAGCAGUUGACUUUGCCAACAGAAUUGAGCAACAGUAUCAGAACGUCCUCACCCUGUGGCACGAGUCUCACAUCAACAUGAAGAGUGUAGUCUCCUGGCAUUACCUCGUCAACGAAAUUGACAGAAUCCAAGAUAGUAACGUGGCUUCGAUCAAGACAAUGCUGCCUGGUGAGCACCAGCAGGUUCUCAGUAAUCUCCAGUCUCGUUUGGAGGAUUUUCUGGAGGAUAGCCAGGAAUCCCAGAUAUUUUCAGGCUCAGAUGUAACUCAGCUAGAAAAGGAAGUGAGCGUGUGUCGGAAGUAUUAUCAGGAGCUUCUCAGGUCUGCAGAACGAGAGGAACAAGAGGAGUCAGUGUAUAAUCUUUACAUCUCAGAAGUGCGCAACAUUCGGCUCCGGUUGGAGAGCUGUGAGGACCGGCUAAUUCGGCAGAUCCGGACGCCCCUGGAAAGAGAUGACUUACACGAAAGCAUGCUCAGAAUCACAGAGCAGGAGAAACUGAAGAAAGAGCUGGAGCGGCUUAAGGAUGAUUUAGGGACCAUCACAAAUAAGUGUGAAGAGUUUUUCAGUCACUCGGCAGACUCCCCGUCUGUUCCCACUCUGCGAUCGGAGCUCAGUGUGGUCAUUCAGAGCAUGAGUCAGAUCUACUCCAUGUCUUCCACGUACAUAGAGAAGUUGAAAACAGUGAAUCUGGUUUUAAAAAACACUCAAGCUGCAGAAGCCCUUGUCAAACUCUAUGAAACCAAACUGUGUGAAGAAGAAGCAGUUAUAGCUGACAAGAAUAAUAUUGAGAAUUUAAUGAGUACCUUAAAGCAAUGGCGAUCAGAAGUAGAUGAAAAGAGAGAAGUGUUCCAUGAGUUGGAAGAUGAGUUGCAGAAAGCAAAGGCCAUCAGUGACGAGAUGUUUAAGACGCAUAAAGAACGGGACCUUGACUUUGACUGGCACAAAGAGAAGGCGGACCAGCUGGUUGAAAGGUGGCAGAAUGUUCAUGUGCAGAUCGACAACAGGCUGCGGGACCUAGAAGGCAUUGGGAAGUCCCUGAAGCACUACAGGGAUUCCUACCACCCUCUAGAUGACUGGAUUCAGCACAUUGAAACGACCCAGAGAAAGAUUCAGGAAAAUCAGCCAGAAAACAGCCGAGCUCUAGCCCUGCAGCUGAACCAACAGAAGACGCUGGUGUCAGAAAUCGAGGUGAAACAGAGCAAAAUGGACGAGUGUCAGAAACAUGCGGAGCAGUACUCAGCUGCAGUAAAGGACUAUGAAUUGCAAACGAUGACCUACAGGGCCAUGGUUGAUUCACAGCAGAAGUCGCCAGUGAAACGCCGGCGGGUACAGAGCUCAGCAGACCUCAUUAUUCAAGAGUUCAUGGACCUACGGACGCGGUACACUGCCCUGGUCACUCUCAUGACACAGUAUAUUAAAUUUGCUGGUGACUCAUUGAAAAGGCUGGAAGAGGAAGAGAAGUCACUGGAAGAAGAGAAGAAACAACACGUUGAAAAAGCUAAAGAAUUGCAGAAAUGGGUAUCAAAUAUCAGCAAGACACUGAGAGAUGGGGAGAAGGCUGGGGAACCUCUCUUCUCUAAGCAACAGAUUUCCAGUAAAGAAAUAUCAACCAAGAAGGAGCAAUUCUCUGAAGCUCUUCAAAGCACACAGAUUUUUCUGGCUAAACAUGGAGACAAACUGACAGAUGAAGAAAGAAACGAAUUGGAGAAGCAGGUGAACACUCUUCAAGAAGGCUACAAUUUGUUAUUCAGUGAAUCUCUGAAACAACAGGAAUUGCAACCCUCGAGAGAGCCAGAUAAAGUGAUUGCGGGCACCAUCGAUCAGACAACCGGAGAGGUCCUUUCUGUCUUUCAGGCAGUGUUAAGAGGCCUCAUUGACUAUGAAACAGGGGUCAGGUUGCUUGAGGCCCAGCUCAUGGUUUCUGGCUUAAUUUCACCAGAGCUGAGAAAGUGUUUUGACCUCAAAGAUGCCGAAAGCCACGGCCUUGUGGAUGAACAAAUUCUGCGCCAACUGAAGGAACUAAGAAAAGUAAAACAGAUCCUUUCUACUGCCUCGCCAGCCACAAUCCCCGUGCUGGAUUCUCUGGCUCGGGGCCUGAUAUCAGAAUCCAUGGCCAUCCGAGUUCUUGAGAUCCUGCUCUCUGCAGGCUCCCUGGUUGUUCCAGCCACAGGUGAACACCUGACCUUACAAAAGGCUUUCCAACAGAGCUUGCUUUCCUCAGCGUUGUUUUCUAAAGUCCUAGAAAGGCAAGAUACUUGCAAAGAUCUUAUUGACCCAUGCACUUCUGAGAAGGUAUCCUUAACCGAUAUGGUACAAAGGAGUGUUUUGCAGGAGAAUACCAGGAUGUGGCUUUUACCGGUGAGACCGCAGGAAGCUGGAAGAAUAGCACUGAGAUGUGGGAGAAGCGUCAGCAUUCUCAGGGCAGCUCAUGAGGGGCUCAUAGACCGCGAGACCAUGUUUAGGCUGUUAGGAGCACAGCUUCUGUCUGGCGGUCUGGUCAAUUGCAACUCCGGUCAGAGAAUGACUGUUGAAGAAGCCAUGGCAGAAGGAAUGAUUGACAGAGACACUGCAAGUAGUAUCCUCACCUAUCAAGUUCAAACAGGCGGGAUCAUGCACUCCAGCCCUGCAAAGCGACUAACAGUAGACGAAGCUGUGCAGUGUGACCUGAUCACGUCGAGCAGUGCACUUCUGGUUCUGGAGGCUCAGCGGGGCUAUGUGGGACUCAUCUGGCCCCAGUCCGGCGAAAUAUUCCCCACGUCUUCCUCCUUACAGCAAGAGUUGAUUACAAACGAACUAGCCUACAAAAUUCUGAACACGAGACAGAAGAUCGCUGCUCUCUAUAUCCCGGAAAGCUCUCAGGUCAUUGAUCUGGACGCUGCUAAGCAGUUGGGAAUCAUAGAUAACAGCACAGUGUCGAUUUUAAAAAAUAUAACGCUGCCAGACAAAAUGCCAGACUUAGGAGAUUUAGAGGCCUGUAGAAAUGCCAGAAGAUGGCUCUCUUUUUGUAAAUUCCAGCCAUCGACAGUUCACGAUUACAGGCAAGAAGAGGAUGGUUCUGAUGGCGAAGAGCCGGUCGCAACCCAGAAUUCAGAACAAACUAAAAAGUUAUUCCUGUCUUACUUGAUGGUGAACAGCUACAUGGAUGCAAACACAGGCCAGAGGCUCCUGCUUUACGACGGAGACCUGGGCGAGGCUGUGGCCAUGCUGCUGGAGAGCUGUGGUGCAGAACUCGGAGCCGACACACCCGGGAAAGAAAGUCUUUCCUUCCUCGCCAUCCCCGAGGCCUUUCCUAAUUAUGCUUUAAGUAAAGAAAAGGAGGAGUGUUCGACUUCAGCAGCUGGCUCUGAUAAAUGUCCUUACACACAGCCCAAACAUAAAGAGACCCUUGAAGACAGAAAGGGUGCUGUAAAUGAAGCGUUUUGUAAAACGGGAAACAAUGAUACCAGCAGUGAAUUGUGUAGGUUAGAAAGCCCAACAAAUACCACAACAAUUGUUCAUAAACCCAGUAGUCCAACCACUGUGUGUGUCCCCAAGCCUACAUCAUAUUCAACGCAGCCAGAAUAUGCGGAAGGGAGCACGCUCAGACAUGAUGCUGACAAUGUACUUAAAGGCUGUAAAAACCAACCUGAACUUGAAACGAAGGCACGCCCAGAUGAAGGGAGCCGUUCUAAAAGCGCUCAAGAUUUUGCAGGUAAUUUUCUGACGUCGGAAACCCAUAGACUUCGUGAUUUACGAGAAGGAAAGCGUGAAGAUGAUAAGCAGUGGGGCCCGGCUGCCUUUGACUAUUCCCCCCGGCUGAGUGCCCUGCUAAGCCACAAUUCGUUGGGGUACCGUCGGGGGAGUUCUAGUGACACACAAGCCCCGCAGAACACAGGCUUGUCAUUCAGUGACCAAACAGUGUCAGCUGAUCAGAGUACAGGGGAAACAUUUCAAGACCAGUUUCUAGGAAUUGCAGCUAUUAAUGUCAGCUUACAGGGGAAGCGCGGUGAGCAGAAGUCUUUGGAUAUGGGGUGUGGCAACGUUCACGUCCACCGUCACAGCGGUGAAGCCACGUCAGGUACUUCCGGUGAGAGUGAACAUACUCAACAAACAGAAGAAAGCGAGGACACUGGGUCUGAGGAGGAAAGCUACUCCUGUAGCAUGAUGCCUGGGGAUGGUUCGUGGGGUGCCAGCCCGUCUUUUUGUGGCACACUGUCACCUAAAGAAGCCAUUGAUGCUGGUGACUAUGAGACGUCCCUGCUAGCUGAUCAGCCGAGUGACACGGGCACAGACACGGAGAGUGAUGACUAUUUUUAUGAUACCCCCUUGUUUGAAGAUGAUGACCAUGAUUCUCUAGUUCUUCAGGAUGAUGACCAUGAUGGUUUGCAGCCCGAGGACUAUGACACAUUGCAGGAGGAAAACGAUGGGACGCCCCCUUCUGUUGAUAUUUUUUAUGACGUUUCAAAAGAGAAGAAUCCUGUAUCUCCUCAAGGAGGACUGGAUGAGAGCUUAAGUGUGAAGACCAAAGUACAUUGUCCCCAGGAAUUUCUUGUAGGUAUUGAGAAAUCUGAAUUAUGUUUAGUUAACCAGAAACAAUUAAAUUCAGUUGACCCAGACAAGAUGAAUGAACAGUUAGUGGGAUCUACAUUCAAAAGGGAAAACCCGCCUGACCUUGAAAAUAAUGAGUCUGACUCAUUGACUGACAGUGAUGCUACAGGAAGGAAAGAGAACUUAGGAGCCUCGUCAACACCUGAUGAUAGCUGGACAGAAGAGUGCGACACUAGCCAAGAAAGUCAAUCUGACAGUGAUCACGUAGGUUCCGUACAAAGUAGAGAAAGCGACAGGCACUGUGUAUGUGAUAGCAGUGACACGGGUGAUGCUGCUGCUGACACUCACAAUGAGGACCCCAGCAGUGAAGACGCUGGUGACAGGGGAGGACAAGGAAUAGAAAGUGAGAAUGGAAAGCCCAUGGGUGAAGCUGAAGACACCCAGGUACAUGCCACAGCUGUAAAAGAACACAGGGAUGGAAACCAAAAUGUCUGUAACAUGUUUCUCCUGGGUAAAAUGCACAACUACAGUCCACUAGGAAAGCAGCACCAUGUAGGUGUCUUACAGCCAGAAUCAGCUAGCUUGAGAGGUCCAGACACUGAAAGAAGCAACCAUCCAGAACUUACGAAUGGCGCUGAUAAGGAAGACAAAGCGAGUUUGUCUGAUCAUGUGGCAGCUCAAGAUGUGUUGCUGUCUAAUGCUGAAGACGCUGCCUCAGAACAAACAUUUGGCUCUGAAAGUGCUUUAUCUAAUAAUACCGGGUUGAAUUCUGAAUUAGAAUGUGAUGUAAUGCACACAAAAGUCAAGUUGGUUCAAAGUCCAGAAUCUACAAACGUUCUAAGAGCUGAAGGUGACUAUCUUGAGAACGUAUCGCCGAAAAUCAAUCAGUCUUUCAGGAAAAUUGUUUGUUCUGAAACUGAGUUAGUAGUUGGACCUUCUGAGGAAAGCCAUUCAUCAUCUACAGUCAGUGACAGGGACCAGCAAGGAAAUGGAAGAGCUCUGGCUAAAGGUAGAGAUGGCAAAGGCGAGCAGCUGGUAGAUGAGGCAUCCAUUCAGGAGAUAGGCUUUGGGAUAGAAGAAGGGAUGAUAGAAGGCCCAGACCAAGAAGAAAGAUAUCUCAGCCCCUCACCAACUAAAAGGGCAACAGAGAGUCUCAGCAUGGGUAAGAGUCAGCUUCCUGCUCUCCUGAUGAACUCUGAGGAACUUAGUCACAGAGGGGACCCAAAGCCACCCACUGUGACUCUUGGAAGAGAAACAAGGAGUAUGCAAAGGCGGAUUAGUGAAAGUCCUGUUCUACUUGAGACUCUUGCAGAAAUAUUUGACACCUCAGUUUCUAAAGUGGCUCCUGCUGACUUGACCUCAGUUGUAACGUCUCGUGAGGUGAAGAGUUGUGCGGACGAAGAUCUUUUCACUGGAGGGCCAGAGAAAGCGAAGGGUCUGUUGAGCUCUAUAGAGCACUCUGAUAAGCUUAUAAACGCAGAUGUACUGGAUCUAAACAAAAGUAUCCCAAGCCAUGUUUCAAGAGCUUCCUCGCCAGUGAAAGAUGACUUGUGCACAGCAACGAAUGCAGAGGAAAAGACAAUCACUCCCCAAGAAGACUGGCUGCCAGGUGCCAAGGUGCAGCCAAGUGACACUUAUAUCAAGGAAAGUAUCUCGGAAGGGAAAAGAAGAAUUCCGUUCCCUCCAGAAAAUAGUGACACCACACUGUCACUCUUACCUCUUAAAAGUAUGGAGGACUGUGGAGGAAAUAUGGAUUCUGUGGAUCCUAAGCUCCGUGUGAGUGCAGGGAAAAAUCCGUCCAGUGACACUUCAGCUGUGGGCUGCUCACUGUUAGAAAGCAGCAGAGAGCAAGAAAACACUGAGAAUCAGCCACGUGGAGAGCAAGCCUUGGGUCCAAGACCCCAAGAGAGAGAAUCUCCUAGUCCUGAGUUGCCUCUGCCAUAUGUGGAAGAUGGGAAGGUUAUCUUGAAAAGCACUUUAGGAGAAGUUCAUACGGAUCUCCAAGAGGCCGGAGACCUUCCAGCUUGCACAGGCACUAAAACUUCUGCUCAGAACUUAAUCAAAGGAGUUAUCUUGUCUCAGUUGGCAAGUGAGGUCUCUAGUGUGCCCGGUCCUGGCAUUUCCCCAAGAGACUCCUCAGAAGUGAAGACAGAGAGCGGAGCGGAUCCUCUCUGUGUUGCGAGACUCCGGUUGGCGCUUCUUGAUAUAGUGGAGCAGACAGAGCAUACCCAAGAGUCCCCGGGCACAUCCGAGUUGAUGCAAGCAUUAGCUCAGAUGGAGCGUGACCCCGAGAAGAGAGGCAUGGCCCCUGAAUUAUUUCCACCACAAUUUAAGAAGGCCCUUCACACGCUGCUUUUUGGUGGGUAUUCAGCUGAGAGAGAACAGGCUGAAGCCUCCAAUCAAAACCCGUGUGCUACUUCUGAGACUGCGGAAGAAAAGCCGUACGUCGGCAGUGAUCAUGGAAGUAAAGGAGGACAUCACUGUUCCCCGAACCCACAAACUGUAAGACAAGUGGAAGUAGAACACUGUAGUGUGCACACAGCAGCAUUGCCAGGACAAGAGAAGCUUCAAGAACUGCGCAGGGAGCCUCCAGACCGUUCAGAGUGUUUUUCUGGAUCAAGAGAAAUGGCUUCUGAUGGUAGCUCGAAGGAAAAAUGUUCCAAUGAGUUACAACAGUGUUUACAACUUACUGAGAAAAUGCAUGAAUAUUUGGCCUUGCUUCAAGAUAUGGAACCCCCCUUAGACACUCGGGCAUCUGUGGGUAAUAAUCUAGAAGCCUUGAAGAGUCAGCUCAAGCAGUUAGAGACAUUCGAGCUGGGAUUAGCUCCAAUUGCUGUAUUUUUAAGAAAAGAUCUAAAGUUGGCGCAAGAAUUCUUAAAGUCUUUUCCUAGUGACCUUCCCAGCAGACACCGCGAGGAACUGAGCAAAAGCCACGAACGUUUACAGAAUGCCUUCUCGUACCUCAGCGGUGAAUCCUCAGAAAGAAUGAAGCUGAUCAUGCUUGCAAUUGACUCUGAAAUGUCUAAGCUGGCAGUUCGUCACGAAGACUUCCUACACAAACUUACAUCGUAUUCAGAUUGGGUAUCAGAGAAAAGCAAAUCUGUGAAGGAUAUUCAAACUGUGAGCAUCCAAGAUGCUGAGCUUGUUAAGGAGAAUGUGAAGUUUCUUAAGAACGUGCUGAGGGACCUUACACAUACCAAAGUGCAGCUGGAAACGACGGCCUUUGACAUACAGUCCUUCAUCUCUGAUCACGCGCAAGAUCUGUCUCCCAACCAAAACAGACAGUUGCUGAGACUCUUAAAUACAACCCAGAAGCGUUUUCUUGACACGCAGGAGCUGGUAACGGCCGAGGCGGACCGGUUCGAGGCUCACCUGCAGCUAGAGCAGGCACUCGGUCAUCAGAAGGUUGCGGCAGAGCGUCGACAGGAGUACAAAGAGAAGCUCCAAGGGCUGUGUGAUCUCCUCACGCAGACUGAAAACCGCCUGAUUAGUCACCAGGAGGCCUUUGUGAUUGGGGAUGGCACGGUGGAGUUAAAGAAGUACCAGUCCAAGCAAGAGGAAUUAGAGAGAGAGAUGCAAGGAAGUACGCAGGCAUUGGCAGAAAUAGUGAGGAACACGGAAAUAUUUCUAAAAGAGAGUGGUGAAGAGUUGUCCCAAGAAGAUAAAGCUUUGAUUGAGCAGAAGCUAACCGAGGCAAAGGUAAAGUUCGAACAGCUGAAUUUAAAGGCGGAGCAGUCGAAAAAGGAGCUGGAUAAAGCGGUGACGACAGCCAUCAAGGAAGAGACUGAAAAGGUUGCAGCUGUGAGGCAGCUGGAAGAGAGCAAAACCAAAAUAGAAAGCCUUUUGGACUGGCUGUCGACUGUUGAGAAAGACUCAGAAAGGGCGGGGAUGCAGCCCACACAGCUGAUGGAGCAGAACGGAACCCAUGUGCACGACGGCGAUGGCAAGUCAGUAGCUGGUGAAGAGGAUGAAGUCAAUGGGAACCUGCUGGAGACAGAUGCUGAAGGGCGUGCCGGGACCACCGAGGGGAAUCUCAACCAGCAGUACCAGAAAGUCAAGGCACAGCACGAAAAGAUCAUGGCUCAGCACCAGGCGGUCAUCGUAGCCACACAGUCUGCGCAAGUCCUGCUAGAGAAGCAGGGCCACCAUCUCUCUCCCGAAGAGAAGGAGAAGCUGCGGAUGAACACGCAGGAGCUGAGGGCACACUAUGAGACCGUACUGGCGGAGUGUGAGAAGAAGAUGAAGCUGACACACUCCCUGCAGGAGGAGCUGUCGAAGUUUGACGCCGACUAUGGGGAGUUUGAGCGUUGGCUGCAGCAGUCAGAGCAAGAGCUGGAGAACCUGGAGGCAGGCGGCGCCGAUGACCUCAGCGGGUUAGCGGGCAAGCUGAGGAGGCAGAAGAGCUUCUCAGAAGAUGUCAUUUCGCACAAGGGCGACCUGAGGUACAUCACCAUUUCUGGAAAUAGGGUGUUAGAAGCUGCCAAAUCUUGCUGCAAGAGAGAUGACGACAGGGUUGACAAGGACAGUAUCGACACUUCCGCAACAUACAGAGAAGUUCAGACUAAACUGGAUCAGGCCACAGACCGCUUCCGGUCUCUCUACUCUAAGUGCAGUGUUCUUGGAAAUAACCUCAAGGACCUGGUGGAUAAAUACCAGCACUAUGAAGACGCGUCCUGCGGACUUCUCUCUGGGCUCGAGGCCUGCGAGGCUAAAGCAAGCAAACAUUUGCGUGAGCCCAUUGCUGUGGACCCCAAGAAUCUGCAGAGGCAGCUAGAGGAGACUAAGGCUUUGCAAGGGCAGAUAUCAAGUCAGCAGAUUGCUGUAGAGAAGUUGAAGAAAACUGCGGAAGUGCUCUUGGAUGCCAAGGGCUCGUUACUGCCUGCCACGAACGAUAUCCAGAGGACACUUGAUGACAUCGUUGGGAGAUACGACGAUCUGUCCAAGUCUGUGAGUGACCGGAACGAAAAGCUUCAGAUCACGCUGACCCGCUCGCUGAGCGUGCAGGACGGCUUGGACGAGAUGCUGGACUGGAUGGGGAGUGUGGAGAGCUCCCUGGUCAAGCAAGGUCAAGUGCCCUUAAACUCUGCAGCUCUCCAGGAUCUCAUCAGUAAAAACAUUAUGCUGGAACAGGAUAUUGCAGGCCGUCAGAGCAGCAUAAACGCCAUGAAUGAGAAAGUGAAAACGUUCAUAGAGACGACGGACCCAUCCACCGCCUCCUCCCUGCAAGCCAGAAUGAAGGACUUGUCUGCUCGGUUCUCUGAAGCGAGUCAGAAACAUAAGGAAAAGCUUGCCAAGAUGGUGGAGCUGAAGGCCAAAGUAGAGCAGUUUGAGAGGCUCUCUGAAAAGCUCCAGAUGUUUCUAGAGACACAGAGCCAGGCGCUCACUGAGGUGGACAUGCCGGGGAAAGAUGUUUCAGAGCUGUCUCAGCAUGUGCAGGAAUCAACUACUAAAUUCUUAGAACACAAGAAAGAUCUUGAAGCUUUGCAUAGCCUCCUGAAAGAGAUAUCCAGCUACGGCUUACCGGGGGACAAAGCAUUGGUGUUUGAAAAAACAAAUAAUUUGUCAAAGAAAUUCAAAGAAAUGGAGGAUACGAUCCAAGAAAAGAAAGAAGCUAUCAGUUCCUGUGAGGAGCAGCUGAGUGCCUUCCAAGCCCUGGCACACUCACUGAAGUCGUGGGUAAAAGAAACAAGGAAGCAGGUUCCUGUUGUGAAGCCAUCUCUUGGUGCAGAGGACUUGGGGAAAUCUCUGGAAGAAACCAAGAAAUUACAAGAAAAGUGGAGUUUGAAAGCACCAGAAAUUCAUAAAGCCAACAACAGUGGGGUCUCACUGUGUAACCUGAUCAGUGCCGUGACCACCCCUGCCAAAGCCAUAGCAGCAGUCAAACAAGGUGGAGUAAUACUAAAUGGUGAAGGAACAGACACAAAUACUCAGGAUUUCUUGGCAAAUAAAGGUUUAACAUCUAUUAAAAAGGACAUGACUGACAUAAGCCACAGUUAUGAAGACCUGGGCCUCUUACUCAAGGAUAAAAUCACAGAACUGAACACUAAGCUCUCCAAGCUGCAAAAGGCUCAGGAAGAAUCAAGUACAAUGAUGCAGUGGUUACAUAAGAUGGACAAAACUGCAAGCAAAUGGCACCAGACCCCAACACCUACAGACACAGAGGCUGUGAAGAUGCAAGUCGAGCAGAGUAAGUCAUUUGAGGUAGAGCUGAAGCAAAAUGUAAACAAAGUGCAAGAAUUAAAAGACAAGCUGACAGAACUUCUGAAGGAGAACCCAGAGGCUCCUGAGGCCCCGACCUGGAAGCAGACGCUGGCCGAUAUGGAUACUAAGUGGCAAGAACUCAACCAGCUAACGGUUGAUAGGCAACAAAAGCUAGAGGAAUCCUCCAAUAAUCUAACUCAGUUCCAGACCACCGAGGCCCAGUUAAAACAGUGGCUUCUGGAGAAAGAACUGAUGGUCAGUGUUCUUGGACCCUUGUCCAUUGACCCAAAUAUGCUGCACACACAGAGGCAGCAGGUACAGAUCCUGCUGCAAGAAUUCGGCACUCGGAAAACUCAGUACGAGCAGCUCACAGCGGCAGCUGGCCAGGGCAUCCUGAGCAAGCCUGGGGAAGACCCUUCCUUACCCGGGAUUGCGAACGAGCCACUGGUAGCUGUGACCCAGAAGUGGGAAAGCCUAACGGGACAACUGAGGGACAGGUGUGACUGGAUCGACCAGGCUAUUGUCAAAAGCACACAGUAUCAGACCCUCCUGAGAAGUCUUUCAGCCAUCCUGAGUGACCUGGAUGGCAAGCUCAGCGGCAGCCUUGCCACGGGCACGCUGCCCGAUGCCGUGAACCAGCAGUUGGAAGCAGCCCAGAAGCUAAAGCAGGAGAUAGAGCAGCACAGCGCACAGCUCGGAGAGGCCCAGGCGCUCUGCGAGGACCUGUCAGCACUGGUCAAGGAAGACUACCUGAAAGCGGAGCUCAGUAGGCAGCUGGAGGGCAUCCGAAAAUCGUUUAAGGAUAUUGAACAAAAGACAGAGAAUCAUGUUCAGCACCUUCAGUCAGCCUGUGCAAGCUCUCACCAAUUUCAGCAAAUGUCUAAAGACUUUCAGGCAUGGCUUGACACAAAGAAAGAAGAGCAAAGAAACUCUCCCCCGAUAUCAGCCAAACUCGAUGUCUUGGAGUCACUACUUAAAGCUCAGAAAGACUUCAGCAAAACCUUCACCGAGCAGUCUAACAUUUAUGAGAAAACCAUUGCAGAAGGCGAAAACCUGCUAUUAAAAAUGCAGGGCGCGGAGAAGGCAGCCUUACAGCUACAGCUUAACACGAUCAAAACCAACUGGGACCGAUUCAGAAAGCAGGUGAGAGAAAGGGAAGAGACCCUGAAAGAUGCGUUGGAAAAAGCCCUCAAGUACAGAGAGCAGGUGGAAACCCUGCAGCCGUGGAUAGACAAGUGUCAGGGCAGCCUGGAUGGAGUGAAGUUCUGCUUGGAUCCCGCCGAGACAGAGAAGUCCAUCGCUGAGCUGAAGUCUCUGCAGAAGGAAGUGGACCACCACUUUGGUAUGGUGGAGCUACUGAACCACACAGCCAACAGCCUACUCAGCGUCUGCGAGGUAGAUAAAGAGGUGCUUACGGAUGAAAAUGAGGCCUUGGUCCAGAAGGUAGACACGGUCACUGAACAGCUUCAAAGGAAGAAAGUCUCCCUGGAGAGCAUGGUCCAAAAGUUUAAAGAGUUCCAGGAAGUUUCCAGAGAAGCCAGAAGGCAGCUUCUGGGUGCGAAAGAACAGCUGGAUGCCUACCUCUCCCUAGGACCCCAGGCGUACAGUAACAAACACCUGACGGGGCUACAGGCUCAACAGAAGUCGCUGCAGACCCUGAGGCAUCAGGUGGACCUGGCCAAAAGGCUCGCUCAGGAGCUGGUGGUGGAAGCUGCAGACUCAAAGGGAACUUCCGAUGUGUUGUUGCAAGCAGAAGCUUUGGCAGAAGAGCAUAGCGGACUAAGCCAGCAAGUUGAUGAGAAGUGUUCUUUCUUAGAAACCAAGCUGCAGGGUAUUGGGCACUUCCAGAAUACCAUCCGAGAGAUGUUUUCUCAGUUCACAGAGUUUGAUGACGAGCUGGACAGCAUGGCUCCAGUGGGGAGAGAUGUGGACACCCUGCAGAAGCAAAGGGCAUGCAUGCAAACCUUUCUGAAAAAACUGGAAGCCCUCAUAGCAAGCAACGUCAACGCAAACAAAACCUGCAAGAUGAUGCUGGCCACUGAAGAAACUUCUCCAGACCUUAUUGGAAUCAAGAGGGACUUAGAAGCCUUGAGCAAGCAGUGCAACAAGUUGCUAGACCGAGCGAAAGCCAGGGAAGAGCAGGUAGAAGGUGCCACUGAGAGGCUGGCCGAGUUCCACUGCAAGCUGGGAGAAUUCGCGGUUCUACUCAGAAAGGCUGAGGAACACGAGGAGUCACAAGGCCCCGUGGGUACAGAAACAGACACAAUUAACCAGCAGCUUGAUGUAUUUAAGAUAUUCCAGAAAGAAGAAAUCGAACCCUUGCAGGUGAAGCAGCAAGACGUGAACUGGUUGGGUCAAGGGCUUAUUCAGAGCGCAGCUGCAAACACCUGCACUCAGGGCUUGGAGCAUGACCUGGACGAUGUCAAUGCACGGUGGAAGACACUCAAUAAGAAGGUGGCGCAGCGAGCGGCCCAGCUGCAGGAAGCUCUGCUGCACUGUGGAAGGUUCCAGGAUGCCCUGGAGUCCCUGCUCAGCUGGCUGGCAGACACUGAGGAGCUGGUGGCCAAUCAAAAGCCGCCAUCGGCUGAGUUCAAAGUGGUGAAGGCCCAGAUACAGGAGCAAAAGCUUCUGCAGAGGCUGCUGGAAGACCGGAAGUCUACUGUGGAGGUGAUCAAACGAGAAGGAGAGAAAAUCGCCGCGUCGGCGGAGCCUGCAGACAGAGUGAAGCUUUCGAGGCAGCUGAGCCUGCUGGACAGUAGAUGGGAAGCGCUGCUCAGCAGAGCUGAAGCAAGGAACCGUCAGCUGGAAGGCAUCUCGGUGGUAGCUCAGGAGUUUCAUGAGACCUUGGAGCCGCUGAAUGAGUGGCUCACAGCCAUAGAGAAGAGGCUAGCGAACUCGGAGCCAAUAGGAACGCAGGCACCGAAGCUGGAGGAGCAGAUUGCACAGCACAAAGUUUUAGAAGAUGACAUCGUCAAUCACAAUAAACAUUUACACCAGGCGGUUAGCAUUGGCCAGUCCCUAAAGGUUCUGAGCUCCAGGGAGGAUAAAGAUCUGGUGCAGAGUAAACUAGACUUCUCUCAAGUGUGGUACUUUGAGAUUCAAGAGAAAAGUCACAGCAGGUCUGAGCUCCUCCAGCAGGCCCUGUGCAAUGCUAAGAUCUUUGGGGAAGAUGAAGUUGAGCUGAUGAACUGGCUGAAUGAAGUACAUGGCCGACUGAGCAAGCUGUCAGUCCAGGACCACGGCCCCGAGGCCCUGUGGCAGCAGCAGUCUGAACUUCGGGUUCUACGAAAAGACAUCCUCCUCAGGAAACAGGAUGUAGAUCAGGCCCUGCUGAAUGGCUUAGAACUGCUCAAGCAAACCACAGGUGAUGAAGUCUUAAUAAUCCAAGAUAAAUUGGAAGCCAUUAAAGCAAGGUACAAAGACAUCACCAGGUUGAGUGCCAACGUAGCAAAGACUCUGGAACACGCUCUACAGCUCGCCGAACAGCUGCAGUCCAUGCACAAGGAGCUUUGCAACUGGCUGGACAGGGUGGAGGUGGAGUUGCUCUCCUACGAGACCCAGGUUGUCAAAGGAGAAGCCGCAAGCCAGGUCCAAGAGAGACAGAAAGAACUGAAAAAAGAAGUUAAGAGCAACAAGGCCUUACUGGAUUCUCUUAACGAAGUGAGCAGUGCUUUGUUGGAACUGGUACCCUGGAGGGCGAGAGAAGGACUUGAGAAAAUGGUAGCUGAAGACAAUGAGCGCUACCGACUGGUGAGCGACACCAUCACUCAGAAAGUGGAAGAGAUUGAUGCUGCCAUUCUGCGGUCUCAGCAGUUUGACCAAGCAGCAGAUGCUGAGCUGUCCUGGAUUACUGAAACAGAGAAGAAAUUAGCGUCUCUGGAUGACAUUAGGCUUGAGCAAGACCAGACUUCUGCUCAGCUGCAGGUUCAAAAGGCUUUCACCAUGGAUAUUUUGAGACACAAGGACAUUAUUGAUGAACUUGUUAAAUCUGGGCAUAAAAUCAUGACCGCAUCCAGCGAAGAGGAGGAGAAGUCAAUGAAGAAAAAGCUGGAUAAGGUAUUGAAGAGCUAUGAUGCCAUCUGCCAGAUAAACUCAGAGAGGCACCUGCAGCUGGAGCGGGCACAGUCCCUUGUCAGCCAGUUCUGGGAGACGUACGAGGAACUGUGGCCAUGGCUGACAGAAACACAAAGAAUCAUCUCCCAGCUGCCCGCCCCAGCCCUGGAAUAUGAAACUCUGAGACGGCAGCAGGAAGAACACAGGCAACUGCGAGAACUGAUAGCGGAGCACAAGCCUCACAUAGAUAAGAUGAACAAGACUGGGCCACAGUUGUUGGAGCUGAGCCCAAAGGAGGGCGUUUAUAUCCGAGAGAAGUAUGUGGCCGCCGACACCCUGUACAGUCAAAUUAAAGAAGAUGUCAAAAAGCGGGCUGUGGUACUGGAUGAAGCCAUUUCUCAGUCAACUCAGUUUCACGACAAGAUCGACCAGACCCUUGAGAGCCUGGAGCGCAUCGCAGAGCGUCUGAGGCAGCCGCCGUCCAUCUCGGCCGAGGUCGAGAAGAUCAAGGAGCAGGUCGGUGAGAAUAAGAGCGUAUCUGUGGACAUGGAGAAGCUGCAGCCCCUGUACGAGACCCUGAGGCAGAGAGGAGAGGAGAUGAUCGCCAGGUCUGAGGGCGCCGAGAAAGACAUGUCUGCCAAAGUUGUGCAGGACAAGUUGGACCGAAUGGUUUUCAUUUGGGGAAACAUACACACACUGGUAGAAGAAAGGGAAGCCAAGCUGCUGGAUGUUAUGGAACUUGCAGAAAAAUUCUGGUGUGAUCACAUGUCACUGGUCGUUACCACUAAAGACACACAGGAUUUUAUCCGGGACCUGGAAGAUCCUGGAAUUGAUCCCUCAGUGGUAAAACAGCAGCAGGAAGCAGCAGAGGCAGUAAGGGAGGAAAUCGACGGCCUGCAGGAGGAGCUGGACAUGGUCAUCUCGCUGGGCUCUGAGCUCAUCGCCGCCUGUGGGGAGCCAGACAAGCCCAUUGUCAGGAAAAGUAUAGAUGAGUUAAAUUCAGCAUGGGAUUCUCUCAAUAAAGCUUGGAAAGACCGGGUUGACAAACUGGAGGAUGCCAUGCAAGCUGCCGUCCAGUACCAGGAUGGAUUGCAGGCAGUAUUUGACUGGGUCGAUAUCGCUGGCAACAAGUUAGCCUCGAUGUCUCCGAUCGGAACGGACCUUGAGACUGUGAAGCAGCAGACUGAAGAGCUGAAGCAAUUUAAGUCAGAGGCUUAUCAACAACAGAUAGAAAUGGAAAGACUGAACCAUCAAGCCGAACUUUUGCUGAAGAAAGUAAGAGAAGAGAGUGACAAACACACCGUUCAAGACCCACUGAUGGAGCUGAAAUUGAUAUGGGACAGCCUGGACGAGAGGAUCGUCAGCAGGCAGCACAAGCUUGAGGGUGCCCUCUUGGCACUGGGCCAGUUCCAACAUGCCCUGGAUGAGCUCCUGGCUUGGCUGACGCACACAAAGGGCUUGCUGAGCGAACAGAGACCUGUUGGAGGUGACCCGAAGGCCAUUGAGAUUGAACUCGCUAAGCAUCAUGUGCUCCAAAAUGACGUCUUAGCCCACCAGUCCACCGUGGAAGCAGUCAACAAAGCAGGAAACGAUCUAAUUGCAUCAAGUGCAGGAGAAGAAGCAAGCAACCUCCAAUACAAGCUCAAAAUCCUGAACCAACGCUGGCAGGAUAUCUUGGAGAAAACAGACCAGAGGAAGCAGCAGCUGGAUAGUGCCUUGCGCCAGGCCAAAGGGUUUCACGGUGAAAUUGAAGACUUGCAACAGUGGCUGACAGACACAGAGCGUCAUCUCCUGGCAUCCAAACCUCUGGGAGGUCUCCCAGAGACAGCCAAGGAGCAGCUUAACUCACAUAUGGAAGUCUGCACUGCCUUUGACAUCAAAGAAGAAACAUACAAGAGUCUGAUGCAGAGAGGACAGCAGAUGCUUGCAAGAUGCCCCAAAUCUGCAGAGACCAAUAUUGACCAAGACCUAAACAACUUGAAAGAGAAAUGGGAAUCUGUGAAAAGCAAACUCAGCGAGAAGAAGACUAAACUGGAAGAGGCCCUCCACUUGGCAAUGGACUUCCACAAUUCCCUCCAGGACUUCAUCAACUGGCUCACCCAGGCAGAACAAACUCUGAAUGUGGCUUCCCGGCCCAGCCUUAUCUUGGACACCAUCUUGUUUCAAAUUGAUGAGCACAAGGUCUUUGCCAAUGAAGUAAAUUCUCACCGUGAGCAGAUAAUAGAACUAGACAAAACUGGAACCCACCUGAAGUAUUUCAGUCAGAAACAAGAUGUGGUGCUCAUUAAGAACCUGCUCAUCAGUGUACAGAGUCGAUGGGAGAAGGUGGUCCAGCGCUUAGUUGAGAGAGGAAGAUCCUUGGACGAGGCGAGGAAGAGAGCCAAGCAGUUCCAUGAAGCUUGGAGUAAGCUGAUGGAAUGGCUGGAAGAGUCAGAAAGUUCUCUGGAUUCCGAUCUGGAAAUUGCCAAUGAUCCAGACAAAAUAAAAACGCAGCUGGCACAGCACAAGGAGUUCCAGAAAUCCCUCGGAGGUAAACACUCUGUCUAUGAUACCACCAAUCGAACUGGACGUUCUCUGAAGGAGAAAACUUCCCUGGCUGACGACAACCUGAAGCUGACCAACAUGCUAAGUGAACUCAGGGACAAGUGGGACACCAUAUGUGGCAAGUCUGUGGAAAGACAAAACAAGUUGGAGGAGGCGCUGUUAUUUUCCGGACAAUUCACAGAUGCCCUGCAGGCCCUCAUUGACUGGCUUUAUCGAGUUGAGCCCCAGCUGGCAGAAGACCAGCCUGUCCACGGAGACAUUGAUUUGGUGAUGAACCUGAUUGACAAUCACAAGGUCUUCCAAAAAGAGUUGGGGAAGAGGACCAGCAGCGUGCAGGCACUGAAGCGUUCUGCCAGAGAGCUCAUCGAAGGCAGCCGGGACGACUCCUCCUGGGUCAGGGUGCAGAUGCAGGAAUUAAGCACCCGCUGGGAGACCGUGUGUGCACUUUCUAUCUCAAAGCAGACACGCCUAGAAGCAGCCCUUCAUCAGGCAGAGGAGUUCCACUCUGUGGUCCACGCCCUCUUGGAGUGGCUGGCAGAAGCAGAGCAAACCCUGCGUUUCCACGGUGCCCUGCCAGAUGAUGAGGAUGCUCUCCGGACUCUGAUCGAUCAACAUAAAGAGUUUAUGAAGAAACUGGAAGAAAAAAGAACUGAACUAAGUAAGGCCACUGCUAUGGGUGACGCUCUUUUGGCCAUCUGCCACCCUGACUCCAUAACCACCGUUAAGCACUGGAUGACAAUUAUCCAGGCCAGGUUUGAAGAGGUGCUGGCCUGGGCAAAGCAACAUCAGCAGAGGUUAGCAGGGGCGCUGGCUGGCCUCAUCGCUAAGCAAGAACUGCUGGAGACUCUGCUGGCGUGGUUGCAGUGGGCCGAGACUACACUUAGUGAGAAAGAUAAGGAAGUCAUCCCACAGGAGAUUGAGGAGGUGAAAGCCCUCAUUGCAGAGCACCAGACCUUCAUGGAGGAAAUGACCAGAAAACAGCCCGACGUUGAUAAAGUUACCAAGACCUAUAAGAGGAGAGCUGCUGACCCUUCCUCUUUGCAGUCCCACAUUCCUGUCUUGGACAAGGGACGAGCCGGAAGAAAACGCUUCCCAGCCUCAGGCCUGUAUCCAUCUGGAUCCCAGACACAAAUCGAAACCAAGAACCCCAGGGUUAACCUGCUGGUCAGCAAAUGGCAACAGGUCUGGCUCCUGGCUCUGGAAAGGAGGAGGAAACUGAACGACGCCUUGGACAGGCUGGAGGAGCUGAGGGAAUUUGCUAACUUCGAUUUCGAUGUCUGGCGUAAAAAAUACAUGAGGUGGAUGAAUCACAAGAAGUCGCGGGUAAUGGAUUUCUUCAGGAGGAUUGAUAAAGACCAGGAUGGGAAGAUCACGCGGCAGGAGUUCAUCGAUGGAAUUCUUUCCUCGAAGUUCCCUACCAGCCGCCUGGAGAUGAGCGCCGUGGCGGACAUCUUUGACAGGGACGGUGAUGGGUACAUUGACUACUAUGAAUUUGUGGCUGCUCUACACCCAAACAAAGAUGCAUACAAACCCAUCACAGAUGCUGACAAAAUUGAGGAUGAGGUCACAAGGCAAGUAGCCAAGUGCAAAUGUGCGAAGAGAUUCCAAGUUGAGCAAAUUGGCGACAACAAAUACAGGUUCUUCCUGGGAAAUCAGUUUGGAGACUCCCAGCAGCUUCGACUAGUUCGGAUCCUGCGAAGCACAGUGAUGGUUCGCGUUGGCGGUGGAUGGAUGGCUCUGGAUGAGUUCUUAGUGAAAAAUGAUCCCUGCAGGGUUCACCACCAUGGGAGUAAAAUGUUACGUUCGGAAUCAAACUCUUCAAUUACUACUACUCAGCCUACUAUAGCCAAAGGAAGGACCAACAUGGAGCUGCGUGAGAAGUUCAUCUUAGCAGAUGGUGCCAGCCAGGGUAUGGCUGCCUUCCGACCACGAGGCCGCAGAUCACGCCCUUCAUCGAGAGCAGCUUCCCCCAACAGAUCCACCUCGGUGUCGAGUCACGCCGGCCAGGCAGCCUCCCCACAGGUACCUGCUGCCGCCAGCACACCCAAGAUUCUCCAUCCUUUAACACGCAAUUAUGGUAAACCAUGGUUGACAAACAGCAAACUGUCAACUCCUUGUAAAGCAGCAGAGUGCUCAGACUUUCCUGUGUCAUCAGCAGAGGGAACACCAAUCCGGGGAAGCAAGCUGCGACUUCCAGGGUACCUAUCUGGGAAAGGCUUUCACUCUGGGGAAGACAGUGCCUUGAUAACAACCGCAGCCGCCAGAGUCCGGACGCAGUUCGCUGAUUCCAGGAAGACCCCCAGCCGCCCUGGGAGCAGAGCAGGAAGCAAAGCCGGCAGCAGGGCCAGCAGCCGCCGAGGCAGUGAUGCCUCAGACUUUGACAUUUCAGAAAUCCAGUCCGUGUGCUCAGAUGUGGAAACCACCCCACAGCCACACAGACCUGUGCCCCGAGCAGGUUCUCGGCCAUCCACAGCCAAGCCUUCGAAGAUCCCGACGCCCCAGAGGAAGUCGCCUGCCAGCAAAUUAGACAAGUCCGUGAAGAGAUAGUGCAAUUGGCUCCAACAAGCCCCUUCCCUGAGCAUUUAUUAUUUAAGUGAAUGAUGUAAAAUACAAUGUAGAAAUUACUGUGAAAUAUUGCAGGAGGCAAGUUUUAAAUUCCAGAUGGCCUUAUUUGUGUAUUUGUCUUUUUAUUUUAUCUGUAUCACUUUUUGGUCAGAUUUUCUGGGGUUAAAGUCACAUCAUAUGUGACAAGGAAGAAAGAAUUUUAACAUGAACUAAUGUUUCUGCACUGUCACGUGUAGACACGCACUAAAGUCAGUUACCGUACCUACAGGUAAGUCUGCAUUCUCUCUUGACAACCACAGCACUACAUAGCUGACAUUAAGGGAUGAUACCUCAUGACACCUCUUUUAUGAAAAAUCUGAACCACUGACAGACACAGCAGGGAAAAA